AUGGAUGAGUCACAGAGCUCCACUGGGAAUCCAUCAUCCAUCAUGUUCCUCCCCACCAACACUUUUCACCUUUUUCAAUGCCACACCAUGAACAUUGCUUGCAACCCUACCUCCAUGAAGGAGGGUCAUUCCAACCCCAUCACCAUCCCCUUCUAUGGGAUAUUGACCCCUUCUUUGGAUAUACAAUCAACCAGAAAAAUGAUGGAUGCUUUACAUGCCUGCCAAAGAACCAAAGUCAUGUGUGGUUUUUCACAAACAACCAUGCUUCCUCCUGCUCCUCCUCCUCCUCCAUCUCAACCUUCCUCUUCCAAAUCAUCAUUACCCUUUUCUCUCUUCAAUAAAUGUGAAUUGGUGAUGAGUGAAUGUCACUUAGACACUAAUAAAAAAGUAAAUGUGGAAAAAGAUACCAACUUUGAUAAUAAUGUCAUAAUCAAAAGGCCAUGGACUCCUGAGGAAGAUAGUGCUCUUGUGGAAUUGGUGAAUCGAUUUGGGGCAAAGAAAUGGUCGCAAGUUGCAACAUUAAUACGUGGCAGAACUGGGAAGCAAUGUCGAGAAAGAUGGAAGAACCAUCUUCAGCCAAACAUUAGGAAGGAGUCAUGGAGCCUGGAAGAAGACAUGAUUUUGAUCAAAGCCCACCAAGAAUUUGGAACUAAAUGGUCAAAGAUUGCGAAGAGAUUGUGUGGUAGGACUGAGAAUGCUAUCAAGAACCAUUGGAAUGCCACCAAGAGACGCCAAAACUGCAUGGGUCUCAGCAAGAACAACCAUGCUCCAUGCAAAGGGUCAAUACUCCAUGCCUAUGUUAAAUGGGUCACUGCAACUGAACAAUCUGCAAAAGUUCUCAAAAAAUCCUCAGACAAAAAGAAGUCAAAGGUGUUGAAAUACAAUUGUGAUGAGCUAGCUCUUUUCUCGAGCUAA